CUGCUGCCCCUUUGGGCUGGCCUCGCUUCUUCCUCUUUCCUCCAUGCUUGCCCUUCUGUUCCUCCUUUCCCUCAAGACUCCUCCUCGUCUUGUACCAUCAUGCCCGAUUUCCGGCGUCGGGCUAUGAACAGACCAGCACACUCGUCCCGCAGGUCGAUAAUUGCGGCAACAAGCUCUACAUGGACUUUGUAUGCCCAGCAGGAAUGUCCUGCUGUACUACAAAAUUUGAGGCAAAUCCAGAUGCGAGCGGCAUAG